UCUGCCUGACCGUUCACAUGGCUCUCCUCAUCCUGCUGUUCCUGCUGCCAAGCCCCUUACAUUCCCAUCCCACUUGUGAUCUCUCCAAAGCCACCAGCUUGCUGGAAGUCAACUGUGAGAACCAGGGGCUCACAGCAUUGCCUACAGAUCUACCAGCAGACACAGGCAUCCUCCACAUGGGCAAGAACAAACUGGGUAACUUCUCCACAGCAUCCCUGGUGCAUUUCACUCACCUCACUCAGCUGGACCUGGAGGAAUGUGAGCUGACCAGCCUGCAGACUGAUGAGAAACUGUCCAAGCUGGAUAACCUGAAGUUAUCCCACAAUAAUCUGCGAAGUCUGCCCUCCCUAGGCCGGGCACUGCCUGCACUCACUAUCCUUGACCUCUCCUUCAACCAGUUGGAAUCACUGUCUCCUGGUGUCCUGGAAGGUCUAAGCCAACUCCAGGAGCUCUACCUGCAGAACAAUAAUCUGAGGAGUCUGUCCCCUGGACUCUUCAUGUUCACCACCAAACUGAACAAACUCAAUCUGGCCAACAACAAACUGCGUGAGCUACCCCCUGGGCUCCUAUAUGGGCUGGAAGUUCUUGACACCCUCUACCUUCAAGGGAACUGGCUUCGUACCAUCCCAAAGGGCUUCUUUGGGACCCUCCUCUUGCCUUUUGUUUUUCUCCAUGGCAACACCUGGUAUUGUGAUUGUGAUAUCCUCUACUUCCGCCACUGGCUCCAGCAAAAUUCCAACAAUGUCUACUUAUGGAAGGAGGGUGUGGAUGUCAAGGCCAUGACCCCUAAUGUGGCCAGUGUACGAUGUGCCAAUUUGGGCUCCGCACCUGUCUACUCCUACCCAGGGAAGGGCUGCCCUACCACUGGUGAUAGGGAUAUAGAUUAUGAUGACUAUGAAAAUUUCUCUGAUGUACCUGCUACAAGGGCUGAGGUCAAGUUCUCUACUAACAUCAAAGCCCAUACUACCCACGGGGGUCUACUCUUACAGUCUUCUGCUUCUCCAGACAGCCAAAUUCCUUCUAGUCCUCCAACCCACAAACCCACUAAGAAACAGUACACAUCCACCCACAUACAGAUCCCUGGUUUCACCACACUUCCACACACCAUGAAAUCCAAUGUACACUCCUAUAUUCUAAAAUCCAUAACUAUACCCAUCAUUACCCCAAUCACCCUAGAGCCUACCUCUACCCUUACUAGCUCAGAGCCCAGCACCACACCAAUGCUUUCCACCUCCACUCUGACUAUUCCAGAGCCCACCACUUCCACCCUGGCUACCCUAGUAGCCAGCACCAACCCAGUGCCCACCACUUCCACCCUGGCUACCCUAGAAGCCAGCACCAACCCAGUGCCCACCACUUCCACCCUGGCUACCCUAGAAGCCAGCACCAACCCAGUGCCCACCACUUCCACCCUGGCUACCCUAGAAGCCAGCACCAACCCAGUGCCCACCACUUCCACCCUGGCUACCCUAGAAGCCAGCACCAACCCAGUGCCCACCACUUCCACCCUGGCUACUCCAAAGCCCAGCAGCACACCAAUUCCUACCACCUCCACCCUAACUACACCAGAGCCCAGCAGCACUCCAGAGCCCCCCACCUCCACCCUAACUACCCCAGAGCCCAUCACCAUCCUAACCACUCCAGUGUCCACCAUCACCCCAGUGUUCACGAACACCUGGUUGUCUACCCCAAGUGAGACCAUUUCAGAACUAAGUUUUACCACAGAAUUCACUUUACUCUUAGAAUCCAUCACAAGGACCCCAGAGUUGAACAGCUUCCUAACUGUCCAAGAGAUGGCUCAAGGGAACUCUGACACUUUCAAAAGCGAUCCUGUUUUCAACUCUGAGUUCUGUUGCCUCCUCCCCCUGGGCUUCUAUAUUCUGGGUCUCCUCUGGCUCCUAUAUGCCUCUGUGGUACUCAUCUUGUUGCUGCUCUGGAUCUGGCAUGUAGAACCACACACUGUGGACCUGGGCCUCUCUGCUGCCUUGGCCACAAGCACACACACCACAAGUCUGGAGGUGCAGAAGGGAAGGCAAGUAACUGUGCCCCGGGCCUGGCUGCUCUUCCUUCAAGGGUCACUCCCUACUUUCCGUUCCAGCCUUUUCCUAUGGGUAAGGCCUAAUGGGCGUGUUGGGCCUGUGGUAGCAGGACGAAGGCCCUCAGCUCUGAGCCAGGGUCGUGGUCAGGACCUAUUGGGAACAGUGGGUGUCAGGUACACAGGCCACAGUCUGUGA